AUGUACCAGUCCUCCAACUUCCGCAGGUCCCAGCCCGCGCAAGAUGCGCCCUCCGACAAGUAUCGUCCCCAGGUCCAGCAGCUUCAGGAGCUCUUUUCCUCGUGGUCCAACGAAGACCUCGUAUCAGUCCUCGAAGAAGCCGGCGGUAAUCUUGACCUAGCUGCCGCCAGGAUCUCUGAGGGCCACGCCGUCCAAUGGGGAUCCGUCCAGCGCAAGAAAGACAAGAAGUCUGGUCCUGCGCAGUCCCAGUCGAAAGACGCAUCUUCUCCUCGAGAGCGCAGCGACUCCCGCGGUGGCAGGGGUGGACGUGGCGGAAGAGGUGGCCCUGGUCGGGGCGGUGCCGCACGCGGCGCAUUCGCUCGGGGUGCUCAUCAGGAGGUCAAUGGCCACCGGGCUAAGCCUUCACAGUACGGCAAUGCCGCCGCUGUGAAGCAUGCUGAGGAGUCUGUUGCCACGAGCGCUGUGUCCCCUGGCACUCCUGUCAAUGGCAAUGAGGCACUCGCGGAGGACUUCACCCAGGCCCCGCCAGAACACACAAAUGGGACGGCGGAGAAGUCUCCGGAUACGCCAGCUGCACCCCAGGCGGCAUGGGGUUCGAGCACUCCUUCGACAUGGGGAGGGACAAACGGUGUAACCUCUCCUCCUGUGCCCGUGCGUGUCUCUACACCCAAAGUCGCAAAGACACCCGCAACCUCGAAGAUGUCGUGGGCUCAAAUCGCACGUGCGCAGGAAAAGACAGCUCCUCCUCCUCCCGCCCCCGCCCCCGCCUCACCUCCCCAAGCUGUCCCUACAACAGCGCUGCCAGCAGCUGAGCCUCCACGAGAGCCCAGUCCACCACGUGAGGAAGCGCCGGCCGAGCCGCAGCAACAAGGCUGGGAGGAGCCAACGACCGUGCAGGCCCCUACAUGGGAUGACGAACCCACAGUCAAGACUGUAGCGGAUGUAUGGGGUAAGGAGCCGACGCCCGCGCCCGAGGAGCUGAAGGCGGAGGAACCUGAGCCACAAUCAUCUGCAGUCCUGCCAACGACUUCUGAGAGAGAGCCUGCCACGGUCCCAUCUGAGGCUCAGCUCGCUCCUGCUGCUGCUGAGCCUGUAGCUCUCCCCACGAAGCCUCUCACGCCGGCCGCACACACGAGGCCCAGCGCUGUGGCCCACCGGGGAAGCGCGAAGUUCAAGACGACAGAUCAGGCGGUCGUCAUGCCGAGCUCGAGCUUUGGCACUGGUAUCGAGAAGGCAGGUAUGCAGUUUGGUAGCUUGAGCCUCGGCGGCGAUGAUCUGGAUGCCCCUGAGAGCGGUGAGCCUCAGGCCCCUGAGGCUGCACCUGCACCUGCCACCCCUGCUGCACCUACUCGGGCUCCCGAGCCUGCACUUGCGAACGUGCCAGAGCCACAGACUGUGCACGCGCCGCUUCAACAACAUGAGCCUCCAGUACUGCAAGUCACCUCUCCCCCUGCCCCUGCACCUGCGCCUGCUAGUCAGACGUUGUUUCAACAAACCCUCCCCCAGACCCAGCCACAGGUCGUCAGCCCUCUCCAACACUCACUCCCUUCCUCGCUCUCCCAAUCCGCCAUCCCCACUCAGCAGCCUUCCAUCCCCUCUACAGCCCCCGCCUCCGCCUCCAUGUCCCAGUUCUCCCAGCAUGCACAAGGUUUGCCUCAGCAGUCACUGUCAAACCAUCAAUUGCCGCAGACCCAAUCACAGAACCAGCUCCACUCCCAGCAACACCACCAGUACUCGCAGCACGGUCUCCCCACGCACCUCGACCCUGCGCAGAGCCAAACACAGCACUCGCCUGCCGCACCCCAUGCGAACCAGCCGCAGGGCAUCAACGCCGCGCCUUCGUACUUCCGCCAGCCAGAGGCUCCGUACUUCCACACUCCCACCCCACCCGCCGGCCAGUCGCAGGAGAGUCCUUACGGUGCGUUCGGCCAGCAGCUUGGCCAGCAGCACCAAGGCCAGGGUUCCCAUCUCGGUGGCUUCUCGGGCAACGAGUACGGGUACAAUGACAACCAGAGGCAGGGCUUCUAUGACUCGUACUCUGCGCCGAGCGGCUUUGGCAACCGAAACGUCCUGGGCAGCCACGAUGAGAUCAAGGGCCUGCCUGGCUCGCAGCAGCAGCCCCACGGCGCCCCCGGUCUCCCGCCCGCAAGCACUCAGUCGUCCCAGCAGAUCCCGCCUUCCUCGCAAGGUGCAGCUCAGAGCCAGGCGGGCCCCGGCCAAGGCCCCCCGCAGAGCUACCCGCCGCCCCUGCCGUACUAUUACGGUUACCCGCAGAACCAAUACUAUGGCUCGCCGUACAACUCUGGCUACACCGUCCCGCAGCCGUUCGUCAAGUACCCGACGGUCUUCCAGGGCCCGCCCGGUCCCCAGUCUGCCCCGUCGCCUGCUGCAAAGCAGCCGCCUAGUGCUGUACAGCCGCAGUCGCCGUAUGGCCAGAGCUUGUACGGCCAGCAGCACCCAACCAACGCGUACGAGGAGAUUGGCUACUCCCACCACUCGCAGCACUCGCACGGGCAGAGCGUCGGUAGCGGCUUGCCCUCGAAUGACUAUGGCAAGCAUCAGUCGCUGUACGGUGCCGGCCAGGGUAUGCAGGGCUUCAUGGGCCUCGGUCAGUCUACGGGCCCGUCGUCGGGCCCCCCUCUCGGCCAACGUGCGGGUGCGUCUCCGGACAACGCGUACAAGCCGUACAGCAACAACGCCGCCAUGAAGGAUGUCGGCGCCGGCGUGGGUGUCGGCAUGGGCCAGGGUGGCGUCGGACAAGGUCCUCAAGGCCGUGCUGGUGGUGUACAACAGCCCUCGCAGGGUGGGUUCUAUGGCGCGCAGCGGUUCGGCGGGAGUGCGUCGGGCGUACCGCAGAGCCAGCAGGCGCAGCAGCCCCAGGGCCAGGGCCCGCAGGCGCACCUCGGCUACCCGCAGGGCGGGUCUGACGCGAGCUUCUACUCGUACCAGCCCCGCCAGCAGCAAGGCUACUGGCAGUGA